AUGCGGCAACAGCCUGUGGCUGCCAGAGCAUGUGGUUUUGGAGAACGCGACCGACGUGUCGUUGACCCUCCACCGAUCCUUGAGCUCAAAGUUAUCGAUACCGAGACGGGAAAAGUGGAUAGCGAAAACACUCCUUAUGUAUACACGACACUGCAUUGUACUCUAAUCAACUCCAUGACAUACAAAGACGAAUCACAGAUCGAACCGGCUCAUCCAAACGCGCCAGCUACGCAACGCCUGAUGGGAACCGCAGUGGCAUCGCCAUUUUCUGGUACGGAUGAGACAGGAAAGAGAGGGACGUUCUUUGUCUUUCCUGAUCUAUCUUGCCGAAAUCCAGGGAGAUAUCGCUUCCAGUUUCGCUUGCUGAUAGUCGAUCCACUGAAUCUUUCUGUCGGAACAACCUCGCGGAUACAGAGCUCGAUCAUCUCGGAGCCAUUCGAGGUGUAUACUGCGAAAGAAUUUCCAGGAAUGCGAGCCAGUAGUGCUUUGCUCAAAGCUCUAAGAAAACAGGGUUUGAACGUAGCUGUCAAGAAGGGUCGUGAGGCUACCAAGAAGGCGACCAGGAGACCUGGCCAUGUUGACGAGGACGACAGCAGCGGUGAAGAUGGAGAAAACGUUGCCGACGAGGACGAUCAAGACAGCGACGACGCACGCUCGCAAGCGGCUACUGGCAGCAAAGAUCGAAGAAAAAGGAAAAGAAGAGAGUGA